UCAAUUUGGUCCUCAUUUUCGUUAAAAAUGUUCAACAUGGUCCCUUUUUUAACAGGGUUUAAAAGAAACUAUUACUGAACUUUUACCUAGGACAGAGCAUAGAUUUUGCAUGAGACUCUGAUGUGGAAGGCUGCUACUAGUUACUACCCCCAAGCUUGGGAAAGAGAAAUGUUAAAUAUAAAAGAUGUCAAUGUAGAGGCUUACAAAUACCUCAUUGCUAUUCCCCCAAGUUGGUAUGGAGAAAAAUUGUUUGAAGUAAGACAUUUUGCAAUGAUUACAAACAAGUUUGCAGUCAACCUCGACACUCAAGACUGUACGUGCAGGAAAUGGGUCGUUAGUGGCAUCCCUUGCUGCCAUGCAAUUGCAACAAUCAGAUUCUUAAAUUUAAAUCCAAAAGACUUUGUACCCAUUUGGUUCAGAAGGUCAACGUAUGAUGAAACCUAUGCGUCUAUCAUAUUUCCAGUGAAUGGGCACCUUUUAUGGGAAAGAACAUCCUGUCCAGACAUCCUCCCACCAUUGAAGAGAAAAUUACCUGGAAGACCUAAGAAAAAAAGAAGGUUGGAGAGUUGGGAACUAAGAAGGGAUGAAACACAAAUGACCAAAGGUGGCCACCGUAAAAAAUGCAGCAUAUGUCGUAUCGUUGGGCAUAACAGAAACCAAUGCCCCUUACAUCCACAACCUUCUGAAGAACCAAGUCAAGAAAGGACAUAACCAUGUGAUGAACCACCCCAACCAAGACAGGAAUCCACUGAACAACCACCUCAGCCAAUCAGAAGGGACAAGUUACCAAUUAGG